UGCAUCUUUCGUCAGGUAUCGAUGUUGGCCGUAUUCCGCGGGAACACUCUUCACACCAAGCCACCAUGGGUUGAACGGCGCAGUGACGGAUCCCGUAGCCUCGUCGUCGGAGAUGCGAUAAUCGCGCACUCGCUCCAUCAAGUCUUUCUCGGAAACAGGAGCCAUGUCGCGCGUCGCUUUCUCGAGUGCAGCCUGAGACAUGUAUUUCGCUCCUCCAUCUCUCGCAGUGUAGUCAUCGGCCUGGUAAGCAUAGGCUUUGAAUAUAUUGAAAGGUUCCGUCCCGUUUGGCUUCCACCAUCCCUGUUCUACUGCAAAAGAGACAAUAUUCGGGCUACCAGCGUAGUCGGUGUGAUUGUGGAAAUCGACGGGGAAAUCCUCAAUGUAGCCAGGAUACAGAACACGGACAUCAUUGUCGCCUAGACGCUCCGCAGCCCACAGCUUCUGCCCACCCGACAUCUCCCACACCACCCAGCCCUCGUUGGCGUCGGCGAUGAGAUGCGAGUUACCUCCGUAGUCAGCAUAGCCAUAUUCAGCUAUCAACUGGCCGAUGAUGUCAACGCCUUCUCUCGCAGUACUUGCGCGCUCCAGCACAACGCGUGCGAGGUCAGAGUAUUGCAGGCCGGUUUGCGGAUUAGGCGUCAUGGCGAUUAAGUCAUCUCUGUUCUGCGCCCAUACAUCUCGCACAGCGACGCCUUUCUCGUUGAUUCCACCAUUGGUCAAAGGAGCUGGGAACCCCUCGAAAUCCGAGUACUCCAUGGACAGGUACCGGAACGUAUGUUGCACUUGGGAAAUGUUCAUCAACUGACCCGGCAUGGACGCGUCUUCAGUCACGCCCACAGUGAUUGUCGCGUUGGGCGGAUGGUCCUUUGCUGGAAAGAUCUCGAGCCAGUGACUUGAUACUUCUUCACCUGUGCCUCCCACCAUGACGCUGCCAUCCUGGCAUAGCAUAAUGCUACGGCAAUGGAUCGACGAAACACCAUCUUGACGUUGACUGGCUGGUGGAAGAGGCGUGCGUGAAACACCACUGGGGAGAUGGGGGUUGCAUGGUAUUUUUAUCAAGUCGAGU